AUGGCUGCUCUUUGGGAUCAGCAUGCAGAGCUUCGGAACAGGGCUCUUAGUGGGCAAAGGCUUAUGCAAGCUGCGACUGGGGAUAGCAGCAGUGUGUUACCGAGCAUGGAGAAUAUGAGCCAUAAUCACUUGGUGUUGAAGGAGAUUGUGCUAAAGAUGGGAGCUCGGCAGCGCCUUUCAAGUGACCCUGCCGAGAGGCUUGCAAAGAUGUUUCUGGGAUGGUACACAAAGUAUGCAGCGCAGUUUCAGCAGAAGCCCAAUUUUGAGGCAACUGUUUGGGCCUUCAAGGAUGGCUGGGAUGCAAAGGUGAAGGACCUCUGGGCUGUGCUCCUGGAUGUGAAGAAACGACAGAAGGCAGCAGCACAGGCAGGAGGUGUUCCUCGACAAGAUGCUCCUCCGGAGGAUGUUUAUGAGGAGGUCGAGGGCCUCGAGGGCGAAGACGAGCAUGCUGAGCCAUCUUCCGGUAGCAUUCCUGGGAUGGGUGAGGGUUCGUCUGAGGCUAUUGAUCGGUCAACUAUGUCUAGGGAGGAGAAGCUUGCUGUGGACAGUGCUGAGGCAGGCUAUCCCCUGGCCCACACCUUGUCUGAGUCUUGGGGGGAUGAGCAUAUGCCGAAAACCCCGGUUGAGGAUGCAGAGGUGACUGAAAGUCCUGAGCCUCAUGAGCCUCUAGAAGUUCCAAGCUUGCAGACUCAGAGAACUCUUUUGGAUGAGGAGCUGGAUGGUGCAGCCAGUGAUGCAUGCUGUGUGAUUGACUCAAGCCCCGAAGAAUCUUCCAAGCCCUCCGCGCUAUCCCGUCGCCCACACAUUUCCAAGAGCUGGAACUCUGCUUUGUCUCCGAAGCUAACCAAAGAGCAGAAGGAUUCUGCCUGGGCUUGCUUCCAUGCUUCCAGCAGCUGCCGCUGGAUGUGGAGGGUAUGCUCCCUUCGUUGCUGCAAUGUUACGAACCCCGACCAAGAGGAUACCUUUGUACCAGCUGACAGCCCUGACAUCGAGUCAGUGAUGGAGGCAUGUGAGAAGGCUGCGGCUGCAAUGGAGACGGCAUUGACAGCAAGCCCUGUAGCUUCAAAGGAGCCACAGGAAGAUGAGGCAGUGUCAGCUAAGGAGGCAAGUGGCAUGUCUGAGAUGGAGCUGGAGCAGCCAGCAACCCCAGCAGUGGCAUCGAAAGAUGAUCAAAUGCGCUUGAUUCUGGAAGCUCGUAAAGCAAAGAAAGCGAAAGCUGCCCAGAAGGCAAUCGCUGCGGAUGCACAGGUGCAUGAUGAUCACCAGGUGCCGAAUGAUGGUGAGCAAGCUGUGGAACCGGAAGCCAAGCCAAAGAAAAAGCAAGGACCCAAGCCCAAGACAGCCAAAGGCAAUGACCUGCAAGCCGAGCCAAAGAAAGGCCCGGUGCCAAAGCGAGGUCGCAAGCCUGCAGCCGAAGCCAACGAUCCGGAAGCCAAGCCAGAGAAAGCCCCCGGUUCAAAGCGAGGACCCAAGCCUGCCAAUGAUCCAGAAGCCAAGCCAGAGAAAGCCCCCGUGUCAAAGCGAGGACGCAAGCCUGCAGCCGAAGCCGAUGAUCCAGAAGCCAAGCCAGAGAAAGCCCCCCCAGGAUGCAAGCUUGCAUCCGAAGCCACGGAUCCGGAAGCCAAGCCAGAGAAAGCCCUUGUGUCAAAGCGAGGACGCAAGCCCGCAGCCGAAGCCGAUGAUCCGGAAGCCAAGCCAAAGAAAGCCCCCGGUUCAAAGCAAGGAUCCAAGCCUGCAGCCGAAGCCAAUGAUCCCAACACCGAGCCAGACAAAGCCGCAGUGUCAAAGCAAGGAUGCAAGCCCGCAGCCAAAGCCAAUCCGAAAGCCAAGCCAGAGAAAGCCCCUGUUUCAAAGCGAGGUCCCAAGUCCAAAGCCGAAUCCAAUGAUGAGGCAUCCCUGGCACAGCAAGGACCCCAAGCCAAUGAUGAGGGACCGGUGCAACGUGGCAAGCCUAAGGCCAAGGGAAAGUGUCUCAAGAGGCCGGCAGCGCGGAUGCAGGAGAUUCCGAUUGCGGAGCCCCCUGCAGACAAUGGUGUGCCGCCAUUGGAGGCAGAGCUACCGAAGAGCUUCGCGCGACGGGCAAUCCCCACUGGUGCCCAUGGGGUCAACAAGUACCGACGCAUUGUCGGUGCAUUCAACAAUGACGUGCUGCCCAAGUUGAAGGAUGGCACGAAGUGUGCUGCUGAGGAGGCAACCUCGGAGUAUGUGCAAACGUUGCUUAGCCAAAGAUGA